AUGGCGGCGGCCGAAGCGGCUGCAGAACCGGCACCUGUGGUGGCGGUCAUCGAGCCAAAGGCAAAGGACCAAGAGGAGGAGGAAGAGGAGUCGCUGCCGCCGUGCGAGGCGGUGCGCUGGGCCCCCGUGGGGGCGGUGGCAGAGACUGGGCCUGGAGCGGCUGCCUUCUCGGAAGAGGCGGCGGCCGAGGAUCCUGGCGGAGCCCCGGGGUCCCCUCCGGACUCGCCGGGCCGGACGCUGAGGCGGCUGCGGGCGGAGCGGCGGCGGCUGGACUCGGCCCUGCUGGCGCUGUCCUCGCACUUCGCGCAGGUGCAGUUCCGCUUGCGCCAGGUGGUGCGCGGAGCCCCGGCGGAGCAGCAGCGCCUUCUGCGCGAGCUCGAAGACUUCGCCUUCCGCGGCUGCCCCCACGUCCUGGGUUACGAGGGGCUGGGAGACCCUGUCCUCGACGAGGGAGACGGGCCGCCGGGGGGCCGGCCACGACUGCGGGGCGAGGACCCGAGUGAGCAGGAAAAGCAGGAGCGCCUGGAAACGCAGCGGGAGAAGCAGAGGGAGCUAAUAUUGCAGCUCAAGACCCAGCUGGAUGACCUGGAAACCUUUGCCUACCAGGAGGGCAGUUACGACUCCCUGCCACAGUCCAUGGUCCUGGAAAGACAGCGGGUGAUCAUCGAUGAGCUGAUAAAGAAACUCGACAUGAACCUGAGCGAGGACCUCAGCUCACUGUCCACUGAAGAGCUCCGACAGCGUGUGGAUGCGGCGGUGGCUCAGAUCGUCAACCCGGCCCGCGUGAAGGAGCAGCUGGUGGAGCAGCUGAAGACACAGAUCCGAGACCUGGAGAUGUUCAUCAGCUUCAUCCAAGAUGAAGUGGGAAGCCCCUUGCAAACAGGCGGUGGACAGUGUGAGUGCAAGACCAGCGGGAAGCCAGGGAGUGGCUCCACUAGAGCAGGCAGCAGCAGACCACCUCUUGGAAACAGCAAGAGUAACCGUUGUCUUUCCCAAACAGUGAAGGCAGAAGACAUGAGGAGAGUUCGGGAGACCGGGCUGCACUUGAUGCGGCGAGCACUGGCUGUGCUACAGAUCUUCGCUGUUAGCCAGUUUGGUUGUGCCACCAGCCAGAUCCCUCAACCCUUGUGGCAGAGGGGCCAGGCUGACCGAGACUACGCCCCCUUGCUGAAGAAGCUGGAAGUGUCCGUGGACAGAGUGAAGCAGCUGGCCUUGAGACAUCAGCCCCACGACCACGUUAUCACCUCUGCCAACCUCCAGGACCUCUCUCUGGGAGGCAGAGACGAGCUGACCACGGCCGUGCGGAAGGAGCUGACGGUAGCCGUGAGGGACCUGCUGGCCCACGGACUGUACGCCUCCUCCCCUGGGAUGAGCCUCGUCAUGGCCCCCAUUGCGUGUUUGCUGCCAUCCUUCUCCUCCGCGCCCGAGACCAUGCACCCCUGGGAGCUCUUUGUGAAGUACUACCAUGCUAAGAACGGCCGCGCCUAUGUGGAGUCCCCAGCCCGGAAACUCUCGCAGUCCUUCGCCCUGCCGGUCUCGGGAAGCGCUGUCUUGACGCCCAAGCAGAGCCUCUUGACGGCCAUCCAUGUGGUGCUGACGGAGCACGACCCCUUCAAACGCAGCGCAGACUCGGAGUUGAAGGCUCUGGUGUGCAUGGCCCUGAACGAGCAGCGCCUGGUGUCCUGGAUGAAUCUCAUCUGCAAGUCAGGCUCGCUCAUCGAGCCCCACUACCAGCCCUGGAGCUACAUGGCCCACACGGGCUUCGAGAGCGCCCUCAACCUCCUCAGCCGCCUCAGCAGCCUCAAGUUCAGCCUCCCUGUAGAUCUGGCCGUGCGCCAGCUCAAGAACAUCAAAGAUGCCUUUUAGGGAGGACGCCCUGGCUCUGGGCCUGCCCUUUGCUCAGUAAGGGUGGACGAGUCAGUCUUCCAGGGAGGGGCAGGGAGUCAGAGCAGGGGUUAAAGACAUGCGUCCCUGCACCCCACUGCGGUGGCCCACUGAGUAAGUGCAAAGUCUUUUCCCACCAACUUAGCAUCUGACAGAGAUGUGCUGGAGCCCACGCCCCAGUGUGUGACCAUGGUGUGCAUGUGGGUGUCCGUGGCACUCACAUGUUUUGAAGCCAUUAAAGAAAUGAGUCGUGGCCUACACCUGAUGCCCCAGCUCGCCAUGCCACAUCUGAUUUUUAGAAAACAACGUAGGUUCCUCUAUUAUCUUUAUGAUGAUGAGUGACAACAUAACUGAGUUUCUUAUUGGAAGACAUUCAGCUUGAGGCUCCUGCUAGUCAAGUUGGGAGCCAUCUUCUUUCCAUUGAAGCAGGCUUAAGAGUCCUGAGGCCUGAAUUCAUGCCCUUCGUGCACACUCAUCCCCUUCUUUCUGGCCCCAAGCUCGGGGGGAGACGUGGAUGUUCCUGGCUGCCUCUAAAAUUAGGAAUAAGAAUAUCUGAGGGCAUUUCUAAGGGAUUUUAAUAGAAACCUCUUCCCUGGUAGAAAUGGGAACUGAAGUCUUCCUGACAGGGUCGUUCUUCCCUCACAGCACAGGUGCCAGCCUUCGUACCAGCAGUGAGAGCUCUACAUCGGCACCAAGCCUGGGGCACGCAUACACUCCUCUGCGGUCCCAGUGAGUAAGUGUCCUUGGGAUUCCUCCCUCAGCCCUCUGGGAGGACUCGUGUACACUAGGCCGUGCAGGAACACCUGCCCGCAGCAGCCAGAUGCCCCUCAGUCCUAGAGGCUGGAGGGUCCAAUCUCACACUUGGGAGUGGGUACCAGAUCAGACCCCUGUGCAGAUUGCUGGGCUGAGUAUUUUGUUGACAAACUGGGUCUUUUUGAAGCCUCCAUGUUUCAACCCUUCAGCUAAUGGAGGUUCCUGCCCCAGGGCUGACAGGCAUCCUCCCACGAACAUUGCCAACUCAGCGAAGCUUACCUGGGUCCCCUUGCCAGCUGCACUUUGUUUCUGCCCUGUUGAGUGGCGCAUUUUAACUUAAAUUCUCUUCAGGAACGUUUAAUUUAUUUAAGCUGCAUUAUUGAUACUUCAUUAGAAUUAAUCUGCCUUCCCUGAGAGACAUAACAGGUGUAAAAUGUUAUGUACCUGUGGUUGUUAAUAAAAUUCUGGUAUUUUGCGUAGCUUCUUUGGGGAGCCCUGCACUGCUCUACAUGUCUGCUGGCCUUCUUGGCCAGUCCGAUCCAGAUCCAUUUGUCUUCAAGAACCAGCUGCUUCCUCUUUUCCCAUGGAACAAGUCAGAUCUGGUGGUGGAAGUGUUGGGUUUUUAUUUUUUAAUGUCAACAAGUUCACCAAAAAUGCCCCUGUGGCGUCAUCUUUACCCUUUCCUCAGCGUAAGUCUCAUCCCUGUGCCACAUGUUGCUUUUGAAAUUGGCCAUUGUUAAAUCCCUUUGGGGCCAGUGUGUGGCAUAGCGAAUUAAGCCACCCCAUGCAACACCAAUGGGUUGCAAUCAGUAUCACAGUGCCAGUUUGAGUUCUAGCUGUUCCACUAUGAAUCCAGCUUGCUGCUAACUCACCUGGGAAUGCAGCAAAAGAUGCCCCAAGACCAUGGUCCUGGAUUUGAGCUAGCCCAGCCCUGGCUGUUGUCACCAUUUAGGGAGUGAACCAGCAUGUGGAGGACACCUCUGUGUAGUAAUGGUAUAGCCAUAUAGCAUAGUCUUGACAGCACCUCAGUAUUUUUCUAGUCCUCCCAAAAUUGUUAUACCUUUAUGCUUGCAUCAUAGGAAACAUUUUUUUUUUAAUUUAGUUGAAAUGUAGAGUGACAGAUUUUCCAUCUGCUAGUUCAGUCCUCAGAGUUCCACAACAGUAGCAGUGGGCCGCGUUGAAGCUACGAGCCAAGAGCUCCAUUCAAGGCUGCCUCCCAGGCACAUCAGUAGGAAAGUGGAUGGGAAACCAGGGUAAGACCUGAUCCAGUGCUGCACCACAACACCUGCCGCACAGGAGGCAUUGCUCUCCAUCUCAUGAGCUGUAAGGUGGGACUGUCCUGCCGCCACAUUUGUUUCAAAGACUGAUCCACACGAGACAUCUUGCAUCCAGUCAUGCACAACCCAAAUGGCUGCAAUAGCCAAGGCUGGUGCCUGGAGCCAGGAACCCCGUCCAGGUCUCCCACAUGAGUGGCAGGUACUUCAACUAUCAUUAUCUUAGAUCAGCAGCAGAGCAACCAGGACUUGAAAUGUCACCCCGCUAUACAAUGCUAGCAUUGCAAAGUAGCAGCUUUAACUAGCAAUGCCUUCCG